AUGAAUACCGAGAAGGCAGCAACAGAUCCAUUCAGAAAGAACAACUACUUUGAAAUAAACCCUCAGUAUGCUGAUGACAUCACAUGGGCAUCUACUGCGAAACAUCAAAUAGAUCAUAUUAAAGAAACCAUACCUGGUAAACUUGAAAAAAGAAACUUGCGAAUAAAUGAAUCAAAAACGGAAGAAGAUAACAUCGAGCAAAAGGGAGAUGAAGCAUGGAAAGAAUGUAAAGUUCUUGGAAGUCUACUCGGUACAGAAAAAGACAUCAACAGAAGAAAGAUAUUAGCAAUUGAUGCCUACAAAAAGCUCAACAGCAUUUUCAGCAGCAAGAAAAACUCCAUCAAGAUCAAGCUGAGAACUUUUAAUGCCUAUGUAGCAAGUGUAUUUUUGUAUAAUAGCGAACUGUGGACACUAACGACGAAGCUAGAAAACACCAUCGACACUUUCCAACGUAGACACCUAAGAAAGAUCCUAGGAAUUAACUGGCAAAGAAAUAUUACCAAAAACGAGCUCUAUGUCAGAACGAAAUGUGAACCAUGGAGUGAAAUAAUAAAAGAAAGGAGACUAAAAUGGCUAGGACAUCUCAUGCGCUUGCAUCCAGAAGCACCAGCAUGGAAAACCCUUGAAGAAUAUCUCGGGAAAGUAAAACGGCCACAAGGAAGACCAAAGACGACCUGGAUGCAGACAGUAAGGCAAGAUCUGGCCAGCAUCGGAAUUCAACUGGAUCUCUCAAAAGAAGCACAAACAUUGAAUAGAUUAUCUGAACUGACACAGGACAGAAAGAACUGGCGUGGCAUUGUGAGACGCGUCGUGCAGUAUUAA